GGGAUUUACUGUAGUCUCUCUCUUUCUCGUCAAAGUUACUCUGCAUUUUCCUUUGAAUUUUUAGGCAUUCACUGCGGAUGGGAUCUUAUUAUUAGGGUUUCUGCUAAUAGUAAUUUUGACUUCGUAGGUCUGAAAUUGCGGUUUGGAUCGUACAUUUUACAUAUUAUUCUUCGAUUUGUGUUAUUACGUGUUUCCUGUGAAUGCAAAAGAAGAAAUUUAAUAUUGUCUAUGUUUUUGGAUAUCUAUUUACGAUGAGAUCCAAUCCUGGUGUCGAUAGAAUUAGCAAUCUUCCUUGCAGUGUGAUAGAGCAUAUUAUUGGAUUAUUGCCUCUAUAUGAUGCUGUAAGAACAAGCGCAUUGUCGAAAGAGUGGAGUGGAGAUAUAAAUGGGCUUGUCAAACUUGAACUUGUGUAUGUCGACAUGGAGCUUGAUGAUCUUAAAACAUUGCUUUCUAAAUGGCCGAUGCUUGACUAUCUUUAUAUGCAGAGUCCCUUAAUUAAGAGUGAUAAGAAAGAAUGCAACAAAGAGCCUAAUCAUCGCCUCCCUGUUCUAAAACUUGACGAGAUUGAUUUUGGAGUGCCAGACGAUGUUAAUUCCGUUUUUAACUUGUUCAGAAGCUUUCCUAAUUUGCAGACUCUUCAAAUUUCAUGCGCGUAUUCUCUUUAUGGUGAUAGGCAAGUUAACUAUAAGCGCGCCCUUGAUUGCCUGAAGCAUGCGCAGACUAUUCCUCUAAAACAUUUGGAAAAUGUGACGAUCUUGGGCAUGCCUUGUUAUGCCGUGGAAAGGGAAUUCGUGAAGAAGCUUUUGAUGUGGGCUAUUGAACUUAAGAAUUUGACGAUAUUUGCUUGGUCUGAGGGUGUCGGCAUCGAGCCAAACAGAUCCAAGAUUGUGAAAAAAUUUAAAAAGCUCCCUCGGUCAUCAUCUUCGGCAAAAAUCGUAUUUGAAGGCAGGUGGCGUAUGUGAAGUUGCUGUGUAUAUAUAUAUAUAUAUGUAUGUAUAUAUUGUUGUUAAUUAGUUUUUGCCUACUCUGCUCUACUCUCUAUUUUGGAUGUUCAUUCGAAGUGUAGACUUCUGUAGUUAUGUCUAAUUCUGCCUUUGGCAUUAAUUUGGAUAUUGUGUUGCUGCUACUUAAUAAUAUGGUUUAUAUUUUCCUUUUA